GACACUUUGCUGGACAAUCGAGCGACGACGAGCGAAUGUCGGAGACAACUAUGCACCUCCUGCCAAGGAUUUUCUCAGAAGGUGGAGGGAGGUAAGCUGAUUGCGCAUCAAGGGUCACUUGCCGAGGUCCGGGGUCAGCUGAUUGUACUCUCGGGCGCCAGUGUGGUAGAGGUAAGCUGAUGGCGCUACGGGUACACUGGUUGCAGCUGUUUCAUAGCCGAUUCCCACGACAGUGUGAUGAACGUAGAGGUAACUUGGCGAGAAUGAUAUAUAAACAGCGCUCGAUGUCUACGAAAAUGCUCCUCUCUGCAAGCACUUGAUUCCACUUGCAAAGACCUUAGCUGUCAAGCCUUAGUCCAAGACUCCUUACCCUUUCGCAAGCGCACCUAUCAACCUUCUCUUUCCAAGGUCAGCACAGUAUGGUCGGUCACGGCAAUUACACUACCGAAAAGGUCACUUACCCGUCCCACGGUGAGACGGUUGCUGGUGUCCUCUUUCGUCCGACCAAUGUCGCCAAUCCACCCGGAAUCGUCCUCAUUGGUCCUUACUCCUACAUCAAGGAACAGGCUCCCUUGCAAUACGCUACACGACUAGCCGACGAGGGUUAUGCAUCUCUAAUCUUCGACCCACGCACUGUUGGCGAAAGUACCGGUAUGCCACGCCGACUUGAGAAUCCCAAGAUGAAAAAUGAAGACGCCAUUGCGGGCCUCGACUACCUCGAACGCCGGGGCGACAUUGACACCUCUAAGCUCUUCCUCGUCGGGAUCUGUCAGGGAGGCUCUCAAUCCUUGGAUAUUGCCUCGCGUGACAGUCGAGUUGCGGGCGUGGCAUCCGUCACUGGGUACUAUCGUGAUCAUGAGACGGACAUCUACAUGAUCUGUGCCGGCUGUGUCGCCUGGACGCCAGGAGCGGAUAUUGCCUCUAUGAAGAUGCCCACUCCCGAUCAGGGCGAGGGGCUCUUGAAAGCGCGUCUGCAGAGAGCGCAAGAAGCUCGAGAUGUGUACGACAAAACAGGAGAGGUACUCUACCAACCUCUGGUCGACCCAAAGGCCGCAGAUCCCGAGACUGGUUCCCUUGCUGGUCUUCCAGGACCAGUAGUCUGGUCUUGGUAUGGACCUUGGACCCUCAAGAACUUCGAGAAUCGUUAUGCGGUCAUGAGUGACCUGGAUCACUUCAGCUACACCACCGUUCCCGGUGUGGCUAAAUUGACUAAGCCUGCCUUGAUCAUCCACGGUGAUAACAGCAUGAAUGCCGCUGCUGCCAAGCGCCAUUACGAGUCGAUCCCUGCGCAGGAGAAGAAGCUCGUAUGGCGAGAUGAUAUUUCGCACUUUCAACAUUAUGAUCAACCCGAUGUGGUUGAUGCCAAUGUGGGAGAGAUCUCAAGUUGGUUUGAGAAGGUCAGGAAAGCAGGCUCGGCAUAACAGGUGAUCGAGGGAGUUGUCAGUCACCCUUAGUCGCCAGGGUGUGAAGUGGCGCGUUGCUACAUUGAUCUUCUUGGUAGGAGCCCCAUCCAUCUAUCCUGUCACAUUUCACCUGAUUGAGAAUUUGUCCAUGCCAUUGGGAGAGCAAACAAUUCAAUUGUGGGCCUGCUCUUUACUUGCUUUUUGUCCUUCAUCGCAUCGAUGUGUUAGAAUGUGCGUGAGGAUCAGAGGGCAGCACAACGCAUGGGGACAGAUCCCUCUGUAUGAAAGUUCAACGUGAUAUACAAUA